CGUAGAAGAGUAUUUAGUAUCUACUAUCUACUGUAUCUACUAUCUACUGUAUCUACUGUGGCUAUUGGACCAGCUACUACAGCUACUAGAAAGACAGCUAGGGAGAGAGACACAGCGCAUGCAGCCUAGAGAACGGCCAUCAUGCUCGCCCAACCAGCAACCAUGAAGCGCAAAAACCUCAAAGGUCUGCAACUCCCCUCUGCCAAACCUGCAGACCCAUCCGCAGCAAGCCUCGGUGGCCUGACUGCGCUGCCUGCUUCUGUUGCUCAUGCGCAACAACAGGCUGCAACGACGUCUUCACAGGGUACACUUGCAGAUGGCUUGGGUGCAUUGGAACUUGGCAUUGAAUUCAAGGUUGAUAUCAAGCAAGAGGACCUUAAGAUGAUCAGUGAGCUUGGCUUUGGGAAUGGUGGGACAGUGAGCAAAGUGAUGCAUAUCCCCACACGUACCAUCAUGGCCAAGAAAGUCAUCAAAAUUGAAGCGAAACCACAGGUACGGCGGAGUAUCCUACGGGAACUUCAAAUCAUGCAUGAUUGCAAUUCUCCGUGCAUUAUUGGCUUCUAUGGUGCGUACAUCAACGAUAAUGAUAUCCAUGUGUGUAUGGAGUACAUGGAUUGUGGAUCACUCGAUACAGUCUUGCAAAAGAAGGGUCCCCUGCCGCUCGAGGUACUCGGUAAAAUCACCUACAGCGUGGUCGAGGGACUCAUCUACCUCUACGACAUCCAUCGCAUCAUUCACCGCGACGUCAAACCCAGCAAUGUUCUCGUCAAUUCAAGUGGCAAGAUCAAAUUGUGCGAUUUCGGUGUGAGUGGUGAACUCAUCAAUUCCAUCGCCAAUACAUUUGUCGGAACGUCGACAUACAUGUCGCCUGAACGGAUCCAAGGCGGUGCCUAUACUGUGAAGGGUGAUGUCUGGUCACUUGGCUUGAUGCUCGUUGAACUAGCAACGGGUAAAUUCCCGCUUGGUUCGCAAGCAAUGGGUGUGUUGGACCUGCUACAGCUCAUUGUACGCGAACCAGCACCGACACUUGACUCGCACGUCUUUCCAAGUUUGAGCGUGGUGGUGAGUCGUUGUUUGAAGAAGGACCCCGCUGAACGUGCAAGUCUGAAGGAACUGCUGAAUUGUGAGUUUGUGAGUGAAGCAAAGAAGAAGCGUGUGGAUAUGGCGAAAUGGGCAAAAUCGACACUUGUUUUCAAGCGUGUGGGAGCUGCUGCUGCUGCUGCGGCGAGUAAAGUGCCCAGUCGACCUGAUUCAGCAGCGUCAGAAGUCAAGGUGAGGAGUCCAGUUGCUGCUGCUGGGCAAAGGAGACCGGUGCUCAAGACGGCGCAGUCUACGAAUGAUAUGCCUGUGCUGCCGGUGAAGCAGGAGGCUGUUGCUGCUCCGUCUACGCCGAUGUGAGUCUUGAUGAGAUAGCGCAGAUGAGUUGAUGAAUUCAUGAAUAUCCAGUGAAUGCCCAAUGAAUAUCAGUGAAUAUCGU